CUCUCUUCCGUUUCGACCCCACCACAGAAAAAGGCUCUUCUGGCUCUAAAGAAGCAACAGAGUUCGACCAGCCAGGCCAGCCAGGGAGGCAUUAAACGCUCCAUCUCGGACCAGCCGGUGGUGGACACAGCCACGGCCACGGAGCAGGCCAAGAUGCUGGUGAAGACGGGAGCCAUCAGCGCCAUCAAGGCGGAGAACAAGAACUGCGGGUUCAAGCGCUCGCGGACGCUGGAGGGGAAGCUGAAGGACCCUGAGAAGGGACCAGCCCCCACCUUCCAGCCCUUCCAGCGCAGCCUGUCAGCCGACGACGAAUGCCAGGAGUCCCGGCGCCCCCAGCGGAAAUCCCUAUAUGAGAGCUUUGUGAGCUCCAGCGAGCGCCUGCGGGACCCUGAGAAGGAGCCGGAGGACGAGCGGGACCCUGAGAAGGAGCCGGAGCGCGGCGAGGGGCUGCGCACAUUUGAGUGGGACUACGACCGGGACCGCAGCCGGGAGCGGAGCCGCGAGAGGGACCGGGACCGUGAGAGGGACACCAGCUUCCGCCGUACGGCACCACGGGGCCUGGGCAUCAGGGGAGUGGGGGCUGGUGGUACCCUCACCCAGUGCUGUGUGUUCAGCCGGGGCAACAGAGGGGCUGGGGUCAGAGCCAUGCCCCUUCUCCCACAGCUCAACGGGGCCGUUGUCGAGGACGUGCAGCUGAAAGUCAGCAUCGCUCGCAAGCAGCCCAUGCUGGACGCGGGCACCGGGAAAUCUGUCUGGGGAUCAUUGGCCGUGAAGAACAGUGCGAAGGGCUCCCACCGGGACCGGCGCUCGCAGGUGGUCUACAAUGAGGACCUGUUCUGAGCCCGCAGGGGGGCUCGUUAGCACCUUAAUAAACCCACUGAAACGGCA